GCAGCUGUUUGUGUAUAACAUCGCACAAUAACAACAAGUCUUAAAACUUAUUAAAUCUUUUAUCUUUGCUGCUGCCAGAGGGCUUUUAAUCGAGGCGCCCGACUCUAAAAUCCCCACCUAGUGCUAUACAUUCAGUUGUGCCCAAGAGACUAAACAACAACAACAACUGAGCCAACAACACAUAAUCCAUUUUACGGAAAACGUCAUCUUAACCCAACAAAAGCGAUGCGAUUAACCCGCUAGUCUCGGCGAAGAUGCGCGGAAUUGAGGGCAAAGUGCUGGUUCUAGGCUCGCGAGGCGUGGGCAAAACACGAUUGGUCAUCAGGUACAUAAAGAACACCUUGCACAGGAGUGAGAGCGAGGUCCCGACAAUAGCCGUGUCCUUCUUCACGUGCAACAUCAUUCUGGACGAGGUCAAAAUAAAAUUGCAAAUUUGGGACACAGCUGGCCAGGAACGCUAUCGGGCAGUGGCGCCCAUGUAUUAUAGGAAUGCCAAUGCAGCCAUUCUGGUCUUCGAUCUGACGCAAUACAAAACAUUCACCGAGAUAAAGUCGUGGAUCCAGGAGUUGCAUCGCAAUGUCCAGGAUCCGAUGAUAAUGACGCUGGUGGGAAACAAGAUGGACAUGCAGGCACAGCGAGCGGUUUCCCGUGAAGAGGCUUUCGUGUUUGCCACCUCGAUUGGGGCCACCUACUUUGAAACGUCCACGGAAACGGAUCAGGGACUGGAGCAGGUGUUCAUCUCGACGGCCCAGGGAUUGGUUCGUCUGGCGGACGAGGGCAAGAGCCCUUCGUUGCGUUCUUUUGAAUCGACUGAUUCGCUGGCCUACACCAACACCAACACUGCCUUCAGUCACACGGUGGCCGCCUUGGCCAGAAGCCCUGGAAAUGCCGCCUUCCGUCUGCCCUAUGUGGAUAUUGGGCUGGCGGUGGAGGGCGAGGAUGUGAAGACCAAUGGCGUGGGACGGCUGGAGACGGCGCCCUGGAGCAUCGAGCACAUUGCUCUCGGCGAGGUGGAGAGGCCCAGCUGGUGCUGCUACUAAGAUCUUUGUGAUCCCUAGGAUCUAUCUCUGUGAAUGAACCACUGUGAUGUCAACAGAACCAGACUGUAGUUCGAAUACGGCUUAAAAGGGCCAAACCAGCAUCGUUUAAGCAAUCAACCGAUCCCAACCCAACUCUAGAUACGCAAAGACCAAAAGCAGCCGCCACAAAAGCAAAAGCAAGCUUGGCUUGAAGCUAUGUAUUAAUACACUGAUUAGGCUAGAUCCACAUGAUCCACUCGGUCCACUCAAUCCACUGACAAGGCGCUGGGAUUAACCGCUUCAUUGUAAUCUUAACUUUAGAUGCUAAGUGUAUACAGCAAUUGCCGCGUGCAUAUUAUGACUUUAUAUAUUUCUUUCGCUCUAAGCCCAUUUGACUUACCAACCAUUGAAUUAACCCACAAAUACACAAGAAAACACAGGGAACAACACUCACAAACACUCACCCACAAAUCAUUGAAACGCAAACACCAAUUCAUGUACAAAGCAUUUUAUACGGCAUGCAUAUAAUAAAUAUAAAUGUAAUAAUGUA